CGUGUUUAAAUCUCGCAUGGAAUAUGUUCUUUGUAUUUAACCAGAGACCUUUCUUCUUAGUGCUUUUAUUAAAUAGCGCAUCUACCUACAAUAUAUUAAUAUAUUACAGUGUGAAAGUUACAGAUCUGUGGAACGAAGAUGGCCGAGAGCUGUGAAGUACUACAUUCCUUCUCCUGCUCCAUAUGCCUGGAUGUUUUGAAGAACCCUGUGACUCUUCACUGUGGCCACAGUUACUGUAUGGACUGUAUAAAUGGCUGCUUCGACCAGGAGGAUCAGAGCGGUAUUUACAGCUGCCCACAGUGCAGACACACUUUCAACCCAAGACCCGUCCUCAAGAAAAACACAGUGCUGGUUGAUUUGAUGGUAAAAAUGUCUGUGAGAGCACAAACCAACAUGCGAGUGAAGGAUGAAGCUGGACCAGGGGAUGUGGAGUGUGAUUUCUGCACUGUGAGGAAGCUGAAAGCUGUUAAGUCUUGCCUGGUAUGUCUGGCAUCUUACUGUGCCACUCACUUGCAACCUCACUAUAAGUCUGCUGCAUUUAAGAGGCACAAGUUGGUCGAAGUGUCAGCUUCCAUACAAGAGAAGAUCUGCUCCAAGCAUGACAAGCUACUCGAAGUCUACUGUCGCAGUGAUGGGCAGUGCAUUUGUCUGCUUUGUGUGAUGGACGAACAUAAAGGUCACGACACUGUCUCGGCUGCAGCAGAGAGAAAAGAGAAGCAGAAACAAUUUGGAAAGAAGAAACAAAGAAUCCAGCAAGGCAUUCAAGAAAAAGAGAAGCAGCUCCGGCAACUAAGACAGAAAACUAAAGGACUGAAGGCUUCAAGUGAUGCAGCAGUUGCUCAAAAUGAGAAAGCCUAUGCUGAGAUUGUUCUGAAGGCAGACAAAAGGCGCUGUGCCGUGAACGAUCUGAUCAGAGAUCAGGAGAAGGCCGCGUUGAGUCGCACUGAGGAGCUUGUGGAUCGGCUGGAGAAGGAAAUCAGUGAGCUGAGGAAACAAGAGGACCAGCUGAAGCAGCUGUCGCUCACUGAGGAUCACAUUAAUUUCCUGCAGCACUGCCAGACCAUUUUUGACUCUACAGAACCUGAUGUGUCUUCUGAUGUGAACCUCCAACUGCACACACCUUUCGACUUUGUCACAAAAGCUAUUUCUGACUUGAGAGACAAAAUGGAAAGCGUGGCCAAGUGCAUUGCACAAAUAUCUGAGACAAUUCAAGUUGAUCCUGAUCCCAAGACAAGAGAGGAGUUUUCCAUGUAUUCCUGCUGCAUAGCAUUGGAUCCCAACACAGCAUUUGAAAACCUGUUGCUCUCUGAUGGAAACACCAAAGUAACCUGGGUUAAAAACCCCCAGAGGUACCCUUACCACCCAGAUAGAUUUACCAAAUAUGCACUGAGGGUUUAUCUGGUGUUUGCUACUGGGAGGUUGAAUGGAAGGGGCCACGGGUGGAGGUAGCCCUGUGCUAUAAAGGAACAGAGCUGGAAGAAAGUGGCUUUGGCUACACCGACCAGUCCUGGUGCAUUUCUCUUUCUAGUUCCUGUUGCGCUUUUUGGCACAAUGAAGUCAAAACUAGAAUAUCCAUCCCCUGUUCCUCUACAGUGGGAGUGUAUUUGAACCACAAGGGAGGGAGCCUGUCCUUCUACAGCGUGUCUGAUUCUGGUCAAAUGGUGCUCGUUCACAGAGUUCAGACCAAAUUCUCCCAGCCUCUGUACCCUGGCUUCAUGGUCUCCAGAGGAGCCUCAGUUAGGAUAAUCACACCAGACUAAAGGGACAUCAGACGCACCAGAAUUACAUCAGGUGUAUCAGUACACGUUUAUCAGUAUUCCCAAAGUACUCUUCAGUAUAAUAAUACAGUCCGUUGACUCUUGCUCAUUAUAGCUAAAGCUUUCUUGUUUAAAACAAUUUUUGUUUGUGAGGCUAAAGACAUUAGGCUAACAUUUGCUGAACUGAAUUUAUUUGGCAAGUGUGUUUGUGCACAGAGGUCUGGUGUCUUUAAGUGUAUACAGUGUUCAAGAGGGUGCAGAUACAUAAACAUACAGAAAAUUCUCUAUAGAAACACUGAGAAUUCUUAAAUUCUCAGUUAUUAUGUGACUGUUUAAUUAUGUCAAUAAAAAGUGGAAUUUUUCA